GAAGACGCCGGUUGUAGGCGGUUCUCGGCCGACAUUUGAGAGAACCGGCCCAAUGAAAAAGGGGGACAGUGGAGCCCGCAGCUCUACCGGCAGACGGGAAGUUGGCGGCGUGAAGGGGGGGCGGGACCUGAGAAAGGGCGUGCCCUCGGACCCUGUAGGGGCCUCAGUUGACCAGACCAUGACCUCCACAGGCCAGGAUUCCACCUCAACCAGACAGCUAAGGAGUAGGCAGCCCCCAGCCUCGCCUCCCCACAGCUCCAGCGAGGACACCACGAUGCGAACUGUUAAGACGGAUGCUGCAGUUCCCUCCAGCCUUAGUCUAGCUGAGGUAAAGAAGAAAGGCAGAAUGAAGAAGCUCAGCCAAGCAACAGGGCAGGAUUUAAUCUCAGGGCUGGAAGAGCUGGAUCUGAACCGUGAGACAAAAGCAUUGUCUCACACAGGCUUGGUGUUUGAUGAGCAGCUCAAUGACUUCUACUGCCUCUGGGAUGACAGUUUCCCUGAAAGCCCUAAGCGGCUCUACGCCAUCAAGGAGCAGCUGACCCAGGAAGGCCUCCUGGAUCGCUGUAUCUCCAUUCAGGCCCGGUUUGCCCAAAAGAAGGAACUGAUGCUGGUUCACAGCAAAGAAUACGUUGAUCUGAUGGAGUCAACCCAGCACAUGAAUGAGGCAGAACUCCGUGCCCUAGCAGACACUUAUGAUUCAGUUUUUCUGCAUCCAAAAUCAUACUCCUCUACCUGCCUGGCCUCUGGCUCUGUCCUCAUGCUGGUGGAUGCAGUUCUGGAGGCAAAAGUCCGAAAUGGCAUGGCCAUCAUCAGGCCUCCUGGACACCACGCCCAGCACAGUCGUAUGGAUCGGUAUUGCAUGUUCAACCAUGUGGCUGUGGCUGCUCGCUACGCUCAGGAGAAGUAUGGUGUUCCAAGAAUCCUUAUCGUGGAUUGGAAUGUACACCAUGGCCAAGGAAUACAGUUCACCUUUGAGGAGGACCCCAGCGUCCUCUAUUUCUCCAUCCACCGCUAUGAGCAUGGCCAGUUCUCACCUCACCUGAAGGCCUCUAACUGGUCAGCCACAGGCUCCAGCCGAGGCCAAGGAUACAACAUUAAUGUGCGUUGGAACCAGGUGGGGAUGCGGGAUGCCGACUACAUUGCUGCGUUCCUGCACAUUCUCCUGCCGGUCGCCUUCGAGUUCCAGCCUGAGCUGGUCCUGGUGGCUGCUGGCUAUGAUGCUCUCCAAGGGGACCCCAAGGGCAAGAUGGCGGUCACUCCAGCAGGGUUCGCCCACCUAACCCACCUGCUCAUGGGUCUGGCCGGAGGCAAGCUGAUCCUGUCUCUGGAGGGUGGCUACAACUGUCGCUCCCUGGCUGAGGGUGUUAGUGCCUCCCUCCACACCCUUCUGGGAGACCCGUGUCCUAUACUGGAGUCACUUGGUGCCCCCUGCAUAAGUGCCCGAAAUUCAAUCUCCUGCACUCUGAUAGCCCUGGAGCCUUUCUGGCAGGUCCUGGUGCAAGCCGCUGUGACCCUCAAGGAAGACGAGGAGAUGGCCAAAGAUGUUGACCCAUUGGAGCCUGCUGCCCCCCAAAUCCUGACCUGGCCAGUGCUGCAGGCUCGCACAGGACUAAUCUAUGACCAGCGCAUGAUGAGUCACUAUAACUUAAAGGACAACUACCACCCUGAGAAGCCCCAGCGCAUCUCGAGAAUUGCCAGCCAUCUGGAAGAGUGGGGCCUCAGUGAGCGCUGCCUCACCCUGCCUGCGCGCCCUGCCACAGAUGCUGAGCUGCUCACCUGCCACAGUGCUGAGUACAUCACUCAUCUGAGGGCCACAGAGAAGAUGAAACCCCGUGAGCUACACCGGGAGGCCUCCAACUAUGACUCCAUUUAUAUCUGCCCCAGCACCUUCACCUGUGCGCAGCUCGCCACUGGCUCAGUCUGCCACCUAGUGGAGGCUGUGCUCGCUGGAAAGGUUCUAAAUGGUACAGCUGUGGUGCGCCCUCCAGGACACCAUGCCGAGCGGGAUGCUGCUUGUGGUUUCUGCUUUUUCAAUUCUGUGGCUGUGGCUGCUCGCCAUGCCCAGGCCAUCAGUGGGCGUGCUUUGCGGAUCCUGAUUGUGGAUUGGGAUAUCCAUCAUGGUAAUGGAACGCAACACAUGUUUGAGGACGACCCCAGUGUGCUCUAUAUAUCACUUCACCGCUAUGAUCGUGGCACCUUCUUCCCCAUGGGGAAUGAAGGUGCAAGCAACCAGAUUGGCCAGGCCCCCGCUUUGGGCUUCACUGUCAACGUGGCCUGGAAUGGAUCCCAAAUAGGUGACCCUGACUACCUGACUGCCUGGCAUCGUCUAGUGCUUCCCAUUGCCUAUGAGUUUAACCCAGAACUGGUGCUAGUCUCAGCUGGCUUUGAUGCCGCCCGUGGAGACCCCUUGGGGGGCUGCCAGGUAUCCCCUGAUGGCUAUGCUCACCUCACCCAUCUGCUGAUGGGCCUUGCCAAUGGCCGCAUUAUCCUAAUCCUCGAGGGUGGCUAUAAUCUGACGUCCAUCUCGGAGUCCAUGGCAGCUUGUACCCGCACCCUCCUUGGGGAUGCACCACCCCUGCUGGCCCGUAUGCGACCCCCGCUAUCAAGGGCCCUGGUCUCAAUCUCAGAGACCGUCUACAUCCAUCACAGAUACUGGCGCAGUGUGCAGAUCAAAAGGGUAGAAGUCAAGGAGGAGGAACCCUCCAAUUCUGAGUUGAUCACCAAGAAGAAACAGCAGCCAGCCAUUCCCACAUCAGCCAAGGGGAUGGCCACACCAAAAGCAAACAUUCAGGAAGCAGACAUGAAGGAAGCUACCUUAGCAUCAGCUGUGGAAGAGUCCACUCCAGGCCAAGCUAAGUCAAACACAACUGUGGCCAAACUCACUCAAGACCAGUCCCUGGAGGCAGCCACCAGUGAGACCGUGCUGAACCAGACCCCUUCAGUGGAGACUCUUGGGGACACCACGUUAACUUCUUGUACUGACAGCCAGACUCCACAGUCUUCAACUGUGCAGGGAACCACUCCUCACGGAUCCCCUAGUCACCAGGACGAGAGUCUCGGAACCUUGGACUUAAGCCAGAAGGCUGAGGAGGCCCCAGCUUCUCCAAUCCCAGAAGAAGAGAAGCUACUAGGAGAGGCAGCUGGAGGUCAGGACCUGGAUGAUUCCAUUGUGGUGGGCUUUGAGGACAGCGACGAGGCCACAUUUUGGGCUGUGACACCAUUGCCCUGGUGUCCCCAUUUGACGGAAGUAUGCCCCAUACCAGCAACAGGCCUGGAUGUGACCCAACCUUGUGGGGUCUGUGGAACCCUCCAGGAGAAUUGGGUGUGUCUGUCUUGCUAUCAGGUCUGCUGCAGUCGUUAUGUCAAGGCCCAUAUGAUCCGUCACCAUGAAGAAACAGGCCACCCGCUAGUCCUCAGCUUCGUCGACAUGUCCACCUGGUGUUACCACUGCCAGGCCUAUGUCCACCACCAGACUCUCAUUGAUGUGAAGAACACAGUUUACCAAAACAAGUUUGGGGAGGACAUGCCUCAGCCACAUUAAAUACCAAAGUGUGCACUCUUUCUCUCUGAGAUUCAAGAUAGACACCAGCUCUUAGUUCAUCCCAACCGGUAUCUUGAAUGAGGGGUAGCCUAUCAGGUAACCUCCCCCUGAAUACCCUUUAGAAUAGCCCAGUGGUGCUUAUUUAACUGUAAAUACUUUGAAGAAUUCAGUGAUGAACUGUAGAUUGCCUCUUGCCCCAUGCCUGCUUGAAGAACUUCAUCUACACCCCUCAAAGGAAAAAGUGUGACUCGAUGUCUUUAAGGAGGAACUGGUAACAUGAAGAUAAUGACAUUGGAGGGAGGGUGGGUCGUGCUGGCAGGUAUGGUGGGGUUGUAUAUGUAAUAAAGUACAAACUGUUACAGAAA